ACUACACGUCCCGACGCGACGUCAAAGUCGCGAAUGUGUAAUUGCGCUCAUUUUUGACUGGCUGCUUCUAAAAUGUGGUACGGCUGAGAAGCGGUGAGGGGGGGCCGAGCGAGUAGUCAGUGUAGCUGAAGUGGUGGCGGCCACCGGGAUGCGCACGUCAACCGGGGGGAGAAAAGUCGGAAAUUAACCGCUUGGCACCGCAGCGGGAGGAGACAAGUGGGGUCAAGACAAUGGCGGAAAAGCACCGCUAAGAAGAGGAAAUUCAACAACAUAAGCGACUACGCGGGAAUAUAUUCUUUUACGUACCUGACUGUCCGACGGUGUGAGACUUUUUUUUUUCCACCGAUACGUCGUCUACGAGAAUGGCGACCAGCCAACCGUUCGAGGAUGUUCUCACUCCGCUGGCCGGCUUCUAACUGACAGACUGACCGACUGACAUUUUACGCACGGGACCGAGCCACGCUUUCUUCUUUGGUUUUUCGUCUUCGCCGAGGAGGAACUUCUCAAUGCCUUUUUAAUGAUUCGAGACUUGAGCAAGAUGUACCCGCCGGCACGGCAUCCGCCUGGGCAGCCAUUUAAGUUCACCGUAUCCGAAUCCUGUGACCGAAUCAAGGAGGAGUUCCAGUUUCUCCAGGCCCAGUAUCACAGUCUGAAAAUGGAGUGUGAGAAACUGGCAAGUGAGAAAACCGAGAUGCAGAGACACUAUGUCAUGUACUACGAAAUGUCGUAUGGACUCAACAUUGAGAUGCACAAACAGGCGGAGAUUGUCAAGCGGCUGAACGCAAUCUGCGCCCAAGUCGUCCCCUUCCUUUCUCAAGAGCAUCAGCAGCAGGUGGUUCAAGCGGUGGAGAGAGCCAAGCAGGUCACCAUGGCUGAACUCAAUGCGAUCAUUGGACAGCAGCAGCUCCAAGCUCAGCACCUCUCCCACGGCCACGCCAUCCCCGUGCCGCUCACGCCGCACCCGGCGGGCCUUCAUCCCCCCCUGCCCCCCGGCGCUGGUACUGCCAGCCUGCUGGCGCUCUCCUCCGCCCUCGGCCAUCAGCUGCCACUCAAAGACGAGAGGAAACACCAGGACGCCGCCGAAGAACACCCGAGAGAGAGAGACUCCGUGAAGAGCUCAUCCGUGUCUCCGUCCGCCAAUUUUCGGACCGGAGAGAAGCACCGCAGUUCCGCCGAUUACUCCGCCGACAGCAAGAAGCAGAAGACAGACGAUAAAGAGUUGAGCUCCGCACGCUAUGAGAGCGACGGGGAGAAGAGUGACGACAACUUGGUCGUGGACGUGUCCAACGAGGAUCCAGCCUCUCCCAGAGGAAGCCCCGCCCACUCUCCUCGGGAGAACGGAUUGGACAAGAGCCGCCUGCCGAAGAAGGAUGCGCCACUGAGUCCCUCUUCUGUCGCCUCUUCCAGCAGCACCCCUUCAUCCAAAUCCAAAGAGAUUAAUUUAAAGAAUGAAAAGUCCACCACACCAGUUUCCAAGUCCAGCACACCCACAUCCCGGUGUGACGCGCCCACUCCCAGCAGCACCACCACCACCAGCAGCCUGAGGGCAGCCCCGAGUAAGCCAACGGGAGUCGAGACGCUAGCGCCCGGCCUGCGCACGCCGAUGGCGGUGCCGUGCUCGUACCCCGGCCCGUUCGGCAUGGUCCCUCACCUCGGCAUGAACGGCGAGCUGAGCGCAACGGGCGCCCCCUACGCCGGCCUGCAUAGCAUGAGCACCGUGGCCGCAGCCGCCGUGGCCGCCUACGGACGCACGCAAGUGGUGGGUUUUGAUCCUCACCAUCACAUACGAGUCCCCGGCCUUCCUCCGAACCUAUCAGGAAUCUCUGGCGGAAAACCAGCCUACUCCUUUCACGUGAGCUCCGACGGACAAAUGCAGCCGGUACCUUUCCCCCCGGACGCUCUGAUGGGCCCGGCCAUCCCGCGUCACGCCCGACAGAUCAACACGCUUAACCACGGCGAGGUGGUGUGCGCCGUCACCAUCAGCAACCCCACCCGUCACGUUUACACCGGCGGCAAGGGUUGCGUCAAGGUGUGGGACAUCAGUCACCCCGGCAACAAGACCUCCGUGUCGCAGCUGGACUGCCUUAACAGAGACAACUACAUCCGCUCCUGCCGGCUGCUCCCCGAUGGACGGACGCUCAUCGUGGGGGGCGAGGCCAGCACUCUGUCGAUCUGGGACUUGGCCACGCCCACGCCGAGGAUCAAGGCGGAAUUAACGUCGUCGGCGCCCGCGUGCUACGCCUUGGCCAUCAGCCCCGACUCCAAAGUCUGCUUUUCCUGCUGCUCGGACGGAAACAUCGCCGUCUGGGACCUUCACAACCAGACCCUGGUUCGACAGUUCCAGGGCCACACCGACGGAGCGAGCUGCAUAGACAUCUCGAAUGAUGGCACCAAGCUUUGGACGGGAGGCCUGGACAACACCGUCCGCUCGUGGGAUCUCCGAGAAGGCCGCCAACUGCAGCAGCAUGACUUCACCUCGCAGAUCUUCUCACUGGGAUACUGUCCAACCGGCGAGUGGCUGGCCGUCGGGAUGGAGAACAGCAACGUGGAGGUCCUGCACGUCUCCAAACCUGACAAGUAUCAGCUCCACCUCCACGAAAGCUGCGUGCUCUCGCUGCGAUUUGCUCACUGCGGAAAGUGGUUCGUCAGCACGGGAAAAGACAAUUUGCUCAAUGCCUGGAGAACCCCGUAUGGAGCGAGCAUAUUCCAGUCCAAGGAGUCGUCUUCGGUGCUGAGUUGCGACAUCUCCGUAGAUGACAAGUACAUUGUGACCGGCUCCGGAGACAAGAAGGCCACUGUCUAUGAGGUCAUAUACUAGGGUGGGGAGGGUCGGGUUGGGGGGGGGGGGGUUGAUCCUCCCACCCAGGCACCAUUCAACCAGGUCCCGACCCUGUGUACCAUAUGUAAUGUGUAUAAUAGGGAUUUUACGUUGUUCUUGGAAUUUUUUAAGGCUGUUCAGAAAUUGAACGAAGCACAGAAUCUUUUUUUUUUUUUUGAAUGAGUGAAUGUAAGGUCCAUGCACACUGAGCAAACUGUCUGUUAUUAAGUCAUUAUCCACACAUUUCUUGACCCCCCCCCCCAAAAAAAAACCCCCUCCUCGUUUCGUAGUGUUUGCGUAGAUAUGCGGCACAAAUACGAGCUUGUUUAUCGUUUCCAUUCGGUAUUUAUUCCUGUGUGUGGUUGGAUGCUUGAAAGAGGCCUGCGUUGCACUUAAUAUUUGACACUGGAUUUAGCCGUCAAAAUUGCCUGUCGAUUCAUAAGACAUUGAGAUGCUUCUUCACAUUUAGCAGAAAAAUGCAUGUUUGGUUCAAUUGAAGACACUCAAUCAUCCAAUGGUAUGAAUGGGUGUGAGAAUGCCUGUUUGUCAAGUAUGUCCAGGGUCCGACAUUAACGGUGGCCCAAUGACCCGGGUCUUAUACAACACCACUACGUACUUACCUCAGUGUCUUCCAUCAAGACGAAUGGUGCAGAAUAUACGCCCCACCC